GAUUUGUUCCACUUUAGAUGUACCAUGUAAUAAAGUAGUUUCUAGAUAUAUAUGAAAUAAUUCUGACAAUAGUCAUUUGUCGUUCUACUAUGUAAUAUGUUUAAUAAAAUAUUGAAAAUAGAAGAAAAUUAUAUUUAAUAUGAACUUAUCUUGUUAAGCUUUUAUGAUGGUAUGACGUCGUGAUUUUAUCAGUCGUGUACAGCUGUUUUAUAAUAUUUGUAUCUUCAUUUUUCAAUUAUUUAUACAUCGUAAGCUCAUAACUCGGAAAUACAGAAUAAUAUAAAAACUUUCCUUUUCGUCCAUAAUUGUUAUAUCUGUCUAGCAAAAUUGAAAAAUUAAAUGAACUGAAUGUAUUUUAAUAAAAUAUGAUAGUAUUAUUCUAAAAACCAAUGAAUAAUAUUUUAGUUACUUUAGUUAUAUGUUAGUUAGAUAGCAGAAUUAUUAAAACGAAUAAGAGAAAUACUACAAUUUUACCCAAAGCACCGAAAAAUCAUAUAUUAAGGAAAUAUCUUUUAUUGCCAAUUAUUAAAGGUUAAAGAAAAUUUCCAACGUUCUGUGAUUUUUUUCUUAUCGUUGAAGACAUAAUUUAACUUUCACUUUCUGAUGUGUAGUUCAAACAACGGAUGUAACAGGUGUCACCAGCACAUACGUGUGAAAGUCUUUACUUACAUUUCAAUAAAAAAAGCAAUAUAUUACAAAUAAGCAAUGGAAUGUUCACAAUUACAAUUUGUAAUCAAUGAAAAUUAUAACAAAAGCCAUAAUGUUUAUAUACAAUAUGGUACUGCCGGUUUUAGAACAACAGCAAACCUUCUUGGACAUAUUCUUUAUAGAAUGGGAAUUUUAGCAGCUUUAAGAUCUAAAGUUAAAAAUGCUACAAUUGGUUUAAUGAUAACUGCAAGUCACAAUAUUGGAUCAGAUAAUGGAGCGAAGCUCGUAGACCCAGCUGGCGAAAUGUUAGAAGCCUCUUGGGAACCCAUUGCUACAAAAUUAGCUAAUAUAGAAAAUUCAAAUUUGGUUUCUAAUUUAGAAGAAAUUAUAAAAGAGCAAAAUAUUAAUAUGUCUAUAACGGCAACUGUAAUAAUUGGUAGAGAUACCAGAGAAAGUAGUCCAAUGUUAUUUGAUGCUGCCGUAGCAGGAAUUCAAUCUAUUCCAGGUGGAAUAGUAAAGGAUUUCGGAAUAGUUACAACUCCUCAAUUACAUUACCUUGUUGCUUGUACAAACACUAAUAACAAGUAUGGUAAUCCAACGUUACAUGGCUAUUAUGAAAAAUUAUCAAAGUCAUUUAAACAUAUAAGACAAGAUAAGAUCAAUAAUGGUCGCUAUGUAGCAGAGUUGUCAUUAGAUGCUGCUAAUGGCGUUGGUGCAAUGGCUACAAAAGAAUUUCAGAAGUAUUUAGGAACAACUCUAAAAAUUCAUUUAUACAAUGAUGGAAAUGGGGAAUUAAAUUACAUGUGUGGAGCUGAUUACGUUAAAGUCAAACAAGUGCCACCUAUAAAUUUUAAUCUUACUACUAAUGUUAGAUCUGUAUCGAUAGAUGGGGAUGCAGAUAGAAUAGUCUAUUUUUACUUAGAUGAAAAUAAUAAAUUUCAUCUUUUGGAUGGUGAUAGAAUAGCAACACUUAUUGCUGGAUAUUUCAAAGAACUCUUACAGGAAUGCGGAUUAUCAUUUAAAUUUGGCUUGAUACAGACAGCUUAUGCUAAUGGUGGUUCUACUAACUACAUCUCAAAUAUACUGCAAAUUCCAGUUGUAUGUGCAUCAACUGGUGUAAAACAUUUACACAAUGAAGCAUUAAAAUUUGAUAUAGGCGUAUAUUUUGAAGCAAAUGGACAUGGAACUGUAUUGUUCAAGGAUAAUGUUAUUGAAACGCUUAAAAAUGCUAUUACAGAUCCCAAAUCGUCUACUUUUCAAAAAUCUGCUGCUUCUACAUUACUAAAUGUAAUUGAUGUGAUAAAUCAAACAGUUGGCGAUGCUCUUAGUGACAUGUUAUUAGUAGAAACUAUUUUACAUGCAAAGGGUUGGAGUAUAAUAGAUUGGGAAAAGAGUUACGAAGAUUUACCAAAUAAACAAUUAAUAGUAAAAGUUAAUGAAAAAAAUCUUAUAACAACAAUUGAUGCUGGAAGAAAGUGUGUAACACCAGAAGGAUUACAAAACGAAAUUGAUAAAGUGGUAUCACAAUAUAGGAAAGGUCGAUCCUUUGUUAGACCAUCAGGAACUGAAGAUGUAGUACGAGUAUACGCAGAAUGUGAAGAUCCAAAUGACCUCAACAAAUUAAUUACAGAUGUAGCGUUGCUGGUCUACAGACGUGCAGGCGGAGUUGGACCUGAACCUCAGCUUUUAUAACAAACAUUUCUAUAAUGUUUCGAAGUUCGUUUUAAAAUAUAAGUCUGGCGCAAGUAUUAAAUAAAAUGUAUGAAUAAUCUUAUUUUUUUAAAGAAUACAAACAAUCUUUAAAUAAAAUAAUUAGAUUCCAUGUAUUAAAACUUUAUAUAAGAGUGCUUAUGUGUGCAUGCAUGUGUUACGUAUUUUAUAAAAACAAACAUAUGAGAAAAAUUAAUGUAUGGCAUAAAAGGAUUUAUUUCGUAUAUUUGCAAGAGGAUAAUAAUAAUGAAGG